UGGCCGCGGCUGGCGCUGGCCGGUGAGGCGGUACCGGGCGGGGGCUGUCGGGUGUCAUGGGCGGUGGCAGCGGCACCAACCACGCGUCUACCUGAGCGGAACCGCAGGGAGGCCUCUGCGCCGACCCGGGGAUGGACGAGAGCAGCGAGCUGGGCGGUCUGGAGACCAUGGAGACCCUCACAGAGCUGGGCGACGAGCUGACUCUGGGAGACAUCGACGAAAUGCUGCAGUUUGUCAGCAAUCAAGUGGAGGAGUUCUCUGACUUGUUUUCAGAGCAGCUGUGUAGCUCCUUCCCUGGCAGUGGUGGUAGUGGCAGCAGUGGCAGCAGUGGCAGCAGCAAUGGCAGGAGCAGUGGUGGCGGAGCUGUGGAUACCUCGAUGCAGCGGUCAUUCAGCCAGGUCCAGUUACCUACCUUCUCUCCAUCGGCUGCCUCCCCCCAGGCUCCAGCCUUGCAGGUCAAGGUCCCUCCCACCACAGUUCCCACCCCACCUAGGGCAACUCCUGUUCUUCAGCCCCGCCCCCAGCCCCAGCCUCAACCUCAACCUCAGCUGCAGCAACAGACAGUAAUGAUCACCCCAACAUUCAGCACCGCUCCACAGACGAGGAUCAUCCAGCAGCCUGUAAUAUACCAGAAUGCAGCUACCAGCUUUCAAGUCCUUCAGCCUCAAGUCCAAAGCCUGGUGACGUCUUCCCAGGUACAGCCAGUCACCAUCCAGCAGCAGGUACAGACGGUACAGGCCCAACGGGUGCUGACACAAGCAGCCAAUGGCACGUUGCAGACCCUUGCCCCAGCCACAGUGCAGACGGUUGCUGCACCCCAGGUGCAGCAGGUCCCGGUCCUGGUCCAACCUCAGAUCAUCAAGACAGAUUCUCUUGUUUUGACCACACUAAAGACAGAAGGCAGCCCUGUCAUGGCUGCAGUCCAGAACCCAGCUCUCACGGCCCUCACCACCCCUAUCCAGACAGCCGCCCUUCAAGUACCAACCCUCGUGGGCAGCAAUGGGACUAUUCUGACCACAAUGCCUGUGAUGAUGGGGCAAGAGAAAGUGCCAAUUAAGCAGGUACCUGGAGGAGUCAAGCAGCUCGAGCCCCCCAAGGAAGGAGAAAGACGGACGACACACAAUAUCAUUGAGAAGCGAUAUCGUUCCUCCAUCAAUGACAAAAUCAUUGAGUUGAAGGACUUGGUCAUGGGGACUGAUGCCAAGAUGCACAAGUCUGGCGUUCUGAGGAAGGCCAUUGAUUACAUCAAAUACCUGCAGCAGGUUAAUCACAAACUGCGCCAGGAGAACAUGGUGCUGAAGCUGGCAAAUCAGAAAAACAAGCUCCUGAAGGGCAUUGACCUAGGCAGUCUGGUAGACAAUGAGGUGGACCUGAAGAUUGAUGACUUUAAACAGAAUGUCCUUCUGAUGUCCCCCCCAGCUUCUGACUCAGGGUCCCAGGCUGGCUUCUCCCCCUACUCCAUCGACUAUGAGCCUGGAAGCCCUCUGUUGGAUGAUGCAAAGGUCAAAGAUGAACCGGACUCUCCUCCUGUAGCGCUGGGCAUGGUGGACCGCUCUCGAAUUCUGCUGUGUGUCCUCACCUUCCUGUGUCUCUCCUUUAACCCCCUGACUUCCCUGCUGCAAUGGGGAGGGGCCGACUCUGACCAGCACUCAUACUCAGGCUCUGGCCGCAGUGUACUGUCAUUUGAGUCAGGUUCUGGGGGUUGGUUUGACUGGAUGAUGCCAACUCUUCUCUUAUGGCUGGUAAAUGGUGUGAUUGUCCUGAGUGUCUUUGUGAAGCUGCUGGUCCACGGGGAGCCAGUGAUCCGGCCACACUCGCGGUCUUCAGUCACUUUCUGGAGGCACCGGAAGCAGGCAGACCUGGACCUUGCCAGGGGGGAUUUUACAGCUGCUGCUGCCAAUCUACAAACCUGUCUGUCAGUUUUGGGUCGGGCACUGCCCACCUCCCGACUGGACCUGGCCUGCAGCCUCUCCUGGAAUGUGAUCCGCUACAGCCUGCAGAAGCUGCGCCUGGUGCGCUGGCUCCUCAAGAAAGUCUUCCAGCACCGGCAGGCCACCCCAGCCACUGCAGGGGGCUUUGAGGAUGAAGCUAAGACCAGUGCCCGGGAUGCGGCCCUGGCCUAUCAUAGGCUGCAUCAGCUGCACAUCACAGGAAAGCUUCCUGCAGGAUCUUCCUGUUCAGAUCUACACAUGGCUUUAUGUGCUGUGAACCUGGCUGAAUGUGCAGAGGAGAAAAUCCCGCCUAGCACUCUGGUUGAGAUUCACCUGACUGCUGCCAUGGGACUCAAGACCCGAUGUGGAGGCAAGCUGGGCUUCCUGGCUAGCUACUUCCUCAGUCGAGCUCAGAGCCUGUGCUGCCCUGAGCGUAGCGCUGUCCCUGACUCCUUGCGCUGGCUCUGCCACCCUCUGGGCCAGAAGUUUUUCAUGGAGAGGAGCUGGUCGGUGAAGUCGGCUGCCAAGGAGAGUCUGUACUGUGCCCAGAGGAACCCAGCUGACCCUAUUGCCCAAGUCCACCAGGCCUUCUGCAAGAACUUGCUGGAGCGAGCUGUGGAGGCCUUGGUGAAACCUCAGGCCAAGAAGAAGACUGGAGACCAGGAAGAAGAGAGCUGUGAAUUCUCCAGUGCUCUGAAGUACCUGAAAUUACUUCAUUCUUUUGUGGACUCUGUGGGGAUUGUGACCCCACCAUUCUCCAGCAGCUCUGUGCUCAAGUCAGCCCUUGGUCCAGAUGUCAUCUGUCGGUGGUGGACGUCCGCAAUCACUAUGGCCAUCAGCUGGCUCCAGGGAGAUGAUGUGGCUGUGCGCUCUCAUUUUACCGAAGUAGAGCGUGUCCCCAAGGCCCUGGAAGUGACCGAGAGCCCCCUGGUGAAGUCUGUCUUCCACGCCUGCAGAGCCAUGCAUGCCUCACUCUCUGGAAAAGCAGAUGGGCAGCAAAGUUCCUUUUGUCAUUGUGAGAGGGCCAGCGGCCACCUAUGGAGCAGCCUCAAUGUCAGUGGGGCCACCUCUGACCCCACCCUUAACCACGUGGUCCAGCUGCUCACCUGUGACCUGCUACUCUCAUUGCGGACGGUGCUCUGGCAAAAGCAGGCAGGUGCCAGCCAAGCCCUAGGUGAGACCUACCAUGCGUCAGGCACGGAGCUGGCUGGCUUCCAGCGGGACCUGGGCAGUCUGCGCAGGCUGGCGCACAGCUUCCGCCCAGCCUACCGAAAGGUGUUCCUGCAUGAAGCCACUGUGCGCCUGAUGGCAGGAGCCAGCCCCACUCGCACUCACCAACUGCUGGAGCACAGCCUGCGGCGGCGCACCACACAGAAUGCCAAGCACGGAGAGGUGGAUGCCUGGCCUGGCCAGCGAGAGCGGGCCACUGCCAUCCUGCUAGCCUGCCGCCACCUUCCCCUCUCCUUCCUUUCCUCCCCGGGCCAGCGGGCAGUGCUGCUGGCUGAGGCUGCCCGCACCCUGGAGAAGGUGGGCGACCGGCGCUCCUGCAACGACUGCCAGCAGAUGAUUGUCAAGCUGGGUGGCGGCACUGCCAUUGCUGCCUCCUGACCACCAGGCUCAGCACACCUCCCUCCACCUGUGUCUCUCAGUCUCUCUCUCCCUUCUCCCUCUGUCUCUAGUUUUUCUCCCUCCUCUCUCUCAGAGCUGUAGGGAUGAGCCUUGUUUUCUGAGCUGUCACCUGCCAAUUUUGGACCACCUCAGGCCAGCAAGCCCCUAGGCAGAGCCCCUUAAAGCUGCUGUCAAUAGAUGCCUGUGGUCUAGGGCCUGGUGGGCCAGAGAAGAAAGACUGGGCAGGAAUUGGGGGGCAUCCCUGACUCAAAAGCAGCAGGGGGAGCUCCCAAGCUGCCAAGCCCCUGCCUCCAGCCCUCUUGAGAUCCUCUCUCCUCUGAACAUUUCUCUCCCCUUUUGCUUCCUCAUUUUUUAUCAGGCUCUCUCUGGGGGACAUAGGUCUCUGAGUACCAGGGAGCAAUUUGCCCUCGGGGCUGUGCUCAGCAUGCCCCUUCCCCCCUUUUUAUACGAAUGUUUUUAUAUCAGUGUGCUUGGGUUUGCCGUGAUGCAGGGCGAAAUUGCUGUAGCAUCUCUGUUUCUCUCCCUGGGUCUGCAUUCCCUCGUGCCUCACUAAGACAGUUCAUUGUUUUCUUCUCAUUACAUGGGACAGCCAGGGAAGGAGCUGGGAGUCCAGCCCCAGGGAGGCGGGUGGGAGGCAGGAGGCAGGCCUAGGGAUGGAAGAAAUAAUAUCUGCAUUCUUUUUUAAUUUUUUAAAAAAUAAACAGUAUCUUAUUUAAUUGUCCUGUUCCUUCCCACUCCCCCAUCCUCUGGGAUGUCAGCCCAAGCUCAGGGUAGGCCCAGGGGGCUGGGAGGGAUGAAGCCCCCCAUUAGGACUGGGGGCCAGGGUCCUUCAUUGUGGUUUCUCAGUCUCCCACCCCCGACCCCAACUCCUACCUCCAUAGUAUAUUUUUAUCCCUGAUUCUUGACCUAAAAAUAAGCCAGAGUGGCAGGGACCAGCCCCUAACUCCUCCCCAGUGAUAAGCCCCUCUUUUGGGGGUGGGCAAAGGAUGGGCACUAGGAAUGAAGUCCCCUGCCUUGAUGGGGGUCUUUGAAGGAAAAGUGAUCCCACUUUUCUGGAUCCCCUGGCUUGGUGCCUCCCUGGCGUCUUUUUCUCCCAAAGCCUCCUGAGAGACUAAGGGACCCUCCCUUCCUGUGCUUCCUACCCUCCUGGUUGGGGCAGAGGGCAGGCAGGAGCCCCAGCACAGAUUUGGUGGUGCUCACAGCAGCGACUCCUUGAUGCUGAGUGCAGGCUGGAAUGGGUUAGCUUUGAGUUGGGUCUGUCCCUGGACCCUACCCACUCUUAUCUUCUGCCUCUCCCCCCACUUUCACUGUAAUUUAUGGACCCUGCCCACUGGGUCAGCCUAACCCUUAUGUCAUGUGUAUAUACUGUGCCUUGUUAUUAUUUAGGGGUGGGGGGGUGGCUUUUCACUGAAAAGAGGGACACGCCUAUGGCUUCCUUGAUGUUGAAUCAUUCACCAUGUCCAGGACGUAGGUUAUCCAAUAAACACAGAUUGGUACCACUCAG